CUUGUCCUUGGGUAAGUUCUGGGUCAUGGGUAUCGUGUAUACGAAUGGUAUAAAUAAAGCCGUAUACUCUAUAACCAGAUUUACUGAAUGAGCAAAACUAAUGUGAAAAUAAGUGUUUUGUAUGAUAUACACUGUGAGUUCCUCUAUUAGUGACAAAUGACUGAAACAAUUGGAAUGAUUACGCUAUUUGGAUAGACAAAACAACAGUAAGAUUCAGAGGUUAACGUUCCAAUUGGAUUAGGUAUGCCGAAUUUUCUGCCAGAUAAUGCCAGCCAAACGACGCCACCGCAGCUCAGGAAUGAGAACUCGACCGAAACAACAGCUACCUGUAACGAAGUAUCUCAAAGUCCGUCUCAAACGAGUACUGGUACCAGUUCAGCUGGAAGCACCAACAUACAAAACAGUACUGAACUUAGCACACCAAAUCCGUCCGACGACGGUAUUUUAACGCCAACAUCACACGAUAUUGCAGGAGCAAAUAAAUCUACUGUGCCAAAAUACCCAAAAUAUACCAGUAAAACUGUGCGUGUUACUAGCUUUAACGACUGCGGUGAUAUUGUUAUUCCACCUGACAGUUUAGCUGACUCUGGGUUUUUCUACGCUGGUUUUGGAGACUGUGUGAGAUGCUUCCAGUGUGGUGUAGGUCUUCGGCACUGGUCUGAAGAAGACGAUCAAUGGAUAGAACAUUCCAGAUGGUCAAAAGAUUGUGCCUUUGUAAGACAAAUGAGAAGUCAGGAGUUUGUGAAUCUUGUGCAGAUGGCGGUACAAUACUCGCAGAACCAAACUGAAAAUGAACAGACGUCAGAGGAGAAUACUACAGGCACGAAUCAAGAAGCUCCAGACAGUGAUGAUAUAGAGAAUCUGAUGCAUACCAACGCUGCUCAAAGUGUUUUAGAAAUGGGCUACGAUCAAAACAUCAUACGAAGAGCUAUACGGGCCAUCAGGGAAACAAACGAUCAUGAAGACCUGACUGCAAUCAGUUUGAUGGAAAAGAUAUUUGCAUUAGAGGAAGCUGAUAAUUCUGCGAACAGUAAUGAGCACAUGGAACCACUGCAACAAAGUCUCACGUCACAGUCUUCGCAAGCCAGAUCUGAGUUACCAACUGUUGGAACGAAUGCAGAUAACCAUACUACACGAAGCCAAAGACCUACAGAAGUAAACAUUCCAGCAUCGUCAAACGCCCCAAUGGCACAAACAGCGGCUAGAGACGACAUGGCCUUUGUAUCAACGCAUUCCGGCGGACCGGAAUUGACCAGGGCUCGAAGUCAUGUCGACCCCUCUACUGACCGCUCGGUACGAAGGACAUCUGGAAAGUUAUCUACCAGUGUGAAAAAAUGUGAUCUAAUCCGUGAGAACCAACGUUUGCGAUACCAAACCUACUGCAUAAAUUGUAGGGCAGUACUUCGAGAUGUGUUAUUCUUAAGCUGCCCGGAUCCGCAUCUAGUGCUUUGCCAUAACUGUUUUAUGUACUUUGACAGAUGCCCCAUUUGUAAUACAACAGUUAAAGCUCUGAUCAAUGUGGAGAGAUGAAACAUUAUUCAUUAUCUAUUACGUAUGUGUAAUACAGGUUUGUUCGCUGAAUAGAUCUCUUCCAUAUUUGUAUCAUUAGAAAAGAAAGGGACAGAAAGAAGUCAUUUUAUUCGAGAUUUUGCUUACAGUUAGCAUUGGUGUUUAGAUAUAUUAAAUUCAAAUCGUCCAAUAUAAGAAACGGAUAAUUUCAAGAAUGUCUUCCUUCCGCUUUUUUCCUAGAAAUAAGACAACUACAAAUCGGAAUAUCUUCUUUCAUAACCAUUCAUGAAACAUAAUGUCUUCAUGGAAAUAUUCCGUUCCUGUCUUCCAUGUAAGAAAAUUUGUAUGUCUUCAGUACAUAUAUCAAUUACAAUUGAAAUGUUUGUCUUUUAAAAUGGGCUGGGGCCAUAAUUGGUGCAAUGGUUAAUAUUUGUAGAUAUCACACGGUGUCACGUCAUGUAAAAGUCAACCUCUUAGUUUGUUAAGAAUUUUUCAAUUUAAACAAUUUAUUAGUGACGAGUCGUGGAUAUUUUGAAGAGUCGUAGAUAUUUUGAAAACUAAGUUGUUUAUUUAGAAAAUCCACUUUUUGUCUUCAAGGUAUAGGUUGCUGGUCAAGAGUUGAAAAGAGUUGACCAGUUUUAGCAAAUUGAGGAAGAUCGUUGUUUACCUUAGCAAUAUCUUCCAUUUUUUAAAUAUAGAGUAAGCGAUACAAUUUUAAGACAUGGUACACAAUUUUGUUUGAACUUAUAGAUGAAGCAUCCAAUCAAUGAAUAUAUAACAUUUCUUUUACCAUUAUUUACAGAAGACCAUAUUAGAACUUUUUCUCAAUUUAUUUCAUACCCGUAAUGUUUUUGAAUAUGAGUUGAAUAGAGGCUCUAUACUCUAUGGUCAUUAAUUAUUGUAGAAACGAGUUUGUUACAGAAUUGUUGAUUUGUCUCAAGUUGAAAGUCUUUCAACUUCAUUUCUCUAGUCCUUUGUAAGUUUGUAGCUCGAAAGUCAGUAAAAAGUGAGUACUCUGAAAGUGACUAGUAGUACAAACCUGUUGACACACGAUUUUUGCAACAUAUUCUUAUGAAUAACCAAGAAAAUGUGCAGAAGGUAGUAAAUCGUUGCAACGCUUUUGAAAUAAUGUAGAAAAUUUACAUUCUUCUUGCAUUUCUGCCAAUAUCUAACUUUUCUUUUCACCCACUUUAUCAGUUUUCAGUGUCACAUACACUUGAUGGAAAUGAACCUAUCGAAAAAUAUCACCUAAUUUGUGGGCGAGUAGCUUUAAACUCGGAAAUUCCCCAUUGAUUGCAACCAUUUCUUUGGCACAAUGAUACUUUUCGUAUUUAUAGAAAACAUCAUAGAAAGCAAGGCUACCAGUUUUGUCUUCAAAACCUGGAUUUAAAAACAUAUUUGGCCAGUCGCAAAAUGAAACGUCUAUCAACUCAAAGUUGAUAAUUAUGAUAUAUUAGUUACAUAGUGCGAAGGUACAUUGUAUUUCAAUGUUUGUAUAUUCGAAUGUGUUGCGGGUUCAACACAAACACUUUAUCAGUUUGAUAAAGGUUUUAAUAUCGUGCAAUUAUUCUGGGUCAUUUUAUGGUUACGUGUGACAUUUCACGACAGUUUAUUCAGUAAAAUCUUCAAAAUAUUGAACUUAUUUAUUGCAUUUAGAUAGCAUAUAAUAUGCUUCUGAAAGAUAUUUCUACAAAUUUUAUUGAACAAAACUAGAGAUAAUUUCCAGUACCUAUAUUUUUUACUUAUUCUGUACACUAUACCUGUUUGAGAUAAUUGUUAAAAUUACCUCAAAGACAGAUUUCAAAAAUUUUGUGACAUUGUUCCCUCAAGUUUGUAGUACUGUAUUAAAUGCUGUAAUUUUGUUUGGGCGUAGGGGUUACACCUAAAGUUAAGCCUAGUCACAAAUUUAAUGACCUGUAUAAGAAAUACUAUAAGUCUUGUAUGUGUAUUAAUGAAAUGUUAUAGAGCUAGCCAUGAGUAACGCAAGCCAGAACAUACAUUGUCUGUGUCUGGUCAAAGAAGUAUAAAAUAUUUAUUUUUAUAGCUCUUUGGUCUAGUAUUUGAGGGCAUAUCUCUAUAGUCAUUGUUAUAUACUUACAAAUUUUUAUUUUAUACAUUUAUUUUUUUUUCUAUAUUUUUAUACAAAUGCCGUCGUAGGACGCGGGUGAAAUACUAUUACACAUUGUUUCUAGCAUUACUUUGUACAAAUGUGCUCAGUUUAGUAAAAUACUAGAAAAAUACUCAUUGAUUUACAUUGGCUCCUUUAACAGCUUUGCACAUUAUAACUAUGUUUUGUUCCUUUGAAAUGUAUACUUGAAAUAUAAAACAAAUAUACUGUAUUCCAGAUUUAACUUUAAGAAAUAUUGUAUUGUACUUAUGCCACAUUUGAAGCAGCUGGUGUUUUAUUGAUGGAUCUUUUAGCACCGUUGUCAAAAUAUGUCUCAUUGCAAAGUACCAAAUAUAUCACGUCAAAAUUGUUUUAAUUUAUAUAGUUACAAUCUCUUGUAAUUGCUUUUCAAUUGUAUAAUUUAUCUCUAACCUUCAUUCUUUUUUUAAUGAUGUACUUUCUUCUAAUUAGAAAUGUAUCUGAUUCUCGAAUCAAUAGUAUUUUUCACAUUAUGUUACUAAAACUGGUAUACUUUGAUGUAAGCAAUAAAUGUGAUUUGCAGCAAGGUGGAGAUUUGACGUAAGUUAUAAUAUUACCUUGAUGAUAAAUCUUAGCUAAUUUAUGUAAUAUUCAUACGAAGGUCAUUCAAUAUUUGAACAUUUGUCACAUAUUUUGAUACCUACCAAAAUGAUACGAAACUAAUGUUUUUGGCAUCAUAAUACUAGUAUUAAAAGUGGUCAGAUAUUAAAAUGUCAGUUUAUACUGAAAGUAUAACCACUUUAUUCAUGUUACGAAACGUUACAGUUUUAAAACUAUGCAUUAUGAAAAAUAAAUGUUUAUUUCAAGUAAAAGAACGACUGAUAAAUUUUAGAGGUGAAAAUCUUGAAAAAAGUAGGUUCAUUUAAGCAGAUUGGUUGGUUGUAAAUCGACGACUGUCUCAAGUUCUUGAAUGACCAUCGUAUUAACAUAUUAGUUUCUUGCUUUGUUUGACAAUGUUAUAUAUCACGUGCUUAAACGUUAAUGUUAUAUACAUGGUAUCAUAAUAUUGUACGUUGUUAUGCAGCUGAGAAAAUAAAAUACGAGAAAG